AAAAUGGACGUGUAGAAAAGUUCUUAUUACAUUUAGGCGAUAUACCAGAAAAAUAUAAACCAAAGCUUCCAGUUGAUUAUAAAAAGGCUAUUACCGAUUAUCUUAGAGAAAUUGGGGAGGUAAUUAAAGAUACUAUUAAAGAACGUUGGCCAUCGUUUGAUUACUUUAAGAAUGUUCUUCUAGUUAUUGCCGUUCCUGCAGAAUUUUCUGAAAACGCAAAAGCAAUUAUGAGAAUAUGUACAUUUAAUGCAGGAUUGAUCAAAGAAGAAUGUUCAACAAAUUUACAAUUUAUUACAGAAUCUGAAGCUGUUGCAGUAUAUUGCAUGGAAAAUCUCAAAAAACAGAAUCUUGCGCAGGCAGGAACUAAUUUUAUGGUACUUGGCUGUCGCAGUGAUCGUUUCAUAGAUUUAACAACUCGCAAAGUAUUAAAUAAUGAUCAAUUAGGUGAAACAACUGAAAGAUAUGGAAGUACUCGUGGUGAACAUGCUUAUAUUGAAACAGAGUUGAUUGAAUAUUUACGAGGGAUACUAGGAGAUGUACAUAUGGAUUUGCUUAGAGAUAAUGGACAAAUGCAAUAUUUGAUUCAACAAUUCUGUAACUAUUGUAAAAUUUCUUUUACAGGAGAUGAAAAAGACUUUGUAAUAUAUGAUUUGAAAAUUGAACAUAUUGAACGAUACAUUAAAGAUGAUAAUAUCAGGAAAAAAUUCGAAGAUCUCGAUUGGAUUAUUGAAAUUUAUUUUUUAACUAUGAAAUCAAUAUUUGAACCUGUUAUUCGACGCAAUCUCAGUCUGAUAAAAACGCUGUUAGAUAAUAAUGUUCAUGAGACUUUUUCUGCAAUUUUUUUAGUUGGAGAUUUCUGUGAAUCAAAAUAUUUACAAAAAAGAAUUAAACAAGAAUUUAGUCAUCGAGUAUUUAAUAUUUUAGUUCCUUUUCAACCUACAGUAGCAAUUUCACGUGGAGCAGUAAUUUAUGGAUUACCUUGAAUAAUAUUGAAAAUUCAAAGUUACAAAGUUACACAUCAUUUUAUACCAUUAGUUCUUAAGAAAACGACUCAUAGAUUUUUUAUAUGAUAUUCUUAGCAUAGAGCUUUUAGGAGAACUAUGGCCUUAUUAGAAUGUUUGACUUGAAAAAUGGAAAUUAUUGUUGGCAAAGAAUAUACAAACUGUCAAAAUUAUGGAACUACUUUUAAAUUUAACCUUGAUGGUCAAAAUACUUUAUUUAAAUUUUUAAGAGCAAUAGAAAG